UUUGUCGCACACCAAAGCAGAGAGGGGGAAAAAGGUGGUUUCUAAAUAUAGCCUAUUAUUCACACCAUAAGAAAACAUUUCAUUGACAAUAUAGAUUUGAUUUUACACCAUUCGAAACCUGCUCAGCCAGUGAGUAAACAAAUGAAUGAAAUAAAUGAAUUAAAUAAAAUGUUAACAAAACAAUUGAAUAUGACUUUAAUGCGUAUAAAAAAGAAUCUCUUUAUUAAUUUCAAUAUAUAAAAAAUAUUUGCCAGAUUUUUGUUCCCUCAAAUGUUCAGGGUCUAUUCGACGUAUCGCAGAUUAAACAUCAUUUAAAAUCUUGGCUAUUAAGCACUUUAUGUCGCUGAGGUGUUUGGUCACAACUUUCUUUGAAUUAUUUUGUGGAGAAAAGACAAGUGCAGAGCAUCGGUUUGACGUCAGGCGCUGCGGACACAGUAUACGCUCUCAGACACAUCUGACAAAUAUCAAAACAGUGUCUGGGUCUCGCGCACCUGGCGUAAAGUUACCGCGCGCGCAGAGCUUUACAUUCACCGGGAGCGCAAUGAAUUUCAACAAGUCGGGCGAUUUCAACGGUCCGUCCCGUAACAGCAACUCCGGUUCCGUGGACGAGCUUGUGAUAACGACGACAUUCGGGACAUUGCUGUCGGUGGUUUACAUCGUCGGGGUUACGGGAAAUGUCUAUACGCUGGUGGUCAUGUGCCAUUCCAUACGGUUCGCCACUUCGAUGUACAUCUCCAUCAUUAACCUGGCGCUCGCGGAUCUCCUCUACCUCUCUACCAUCCCGUUCGUGGUGUGCACGUACUUUCUGAAGGACUGGUUCUUCGGGGAUGUGGGCUGCAAGAUCUUGUUAAGUCUGGACCUGUUAACUAUGCACGCGAGUAUCUUUACUCUGACUGUGAUGUGUAUGGAGCGCUACCUGGCAGUGACUAAACCAUUAGAUACUGUGAAACGCUCCAAGAGCUACCGAAAAGCCAUGGCGUGCUGCGUCUGGAUUUUAUCUCUCGUACUAACUCUUCCCAUGACCAUCAUGGUUAAUCAGACUACUAAAAAAGCCGCAGACGGAGGGGUGAAAAGGAUGUGCGCGCCCACCUGGGCACCACAGGCAUAUAAAAUUUACCUGACCGUCCUGUUUUGCACGAGCAUAAUGGCGCCAGGGCUAGUCAUUGGUUACCUGUACACCAGACUAGCAAGGACUUACCUGGAGUCCCAAAGGACAUCCAUUAAUAAAGGCAGUAAGCGCUCGCCAAAGCAGAAAGUUCUCAUUAUGAUUUUCACCAUCGUGCUUGUGUUCUGGGCGUGCUUUCUACCCUUCUGGAUAUGGCAGCUGGUGCCGCUGUAUCACAAGCCCUUCCGUCUCGCGUCUCACACGCACACGAGCAUCAAUUACCUCGUGUCGAGUCUGACCUACAGCAACAGCUGCAUCAACCCUUUACUGUACACACUCCUCACCAAGAACUAUCGGGAGUAUCUUAAAAACCGUCACAAGAGUUUUUACCGCUACACGUCAUCUUUUAAAAAGCGCCCACCGAGUUUGUACUCUUGGGGAAAGUCUGCGUCAUCCAGUAAUCAGUUUGAGUUCAACUCGGAGACGCUUGUCAUGGCGCAGUUAAAGGUGUAGUGAUGUGGUGGGGGAAGCCUUAAUCCGUUCAUGUUAAGGUAAAUGUUUGAAUGGAACAUCCACGAUCCAGCCAUAUU